CAUCGGGAGGCGUCCGCGUGUGACGCCAUCGGGAGGCGCCCGAGCGUCUCCCGGCUCCUGGGGCGCUUUGGCGGCAGCUUGGAACUUGCGCGCGGACCAUCAUGAGCUGCGGCGGCGUCCUCCUCCUGCGGGCGGCCGGGGCGGGUUCGCGCCGGGCCCUGGGCGUCCUGCCGCAGCGGCGGCUGGCAGCGGGCAGCCUCCCGCGCCUCCUGCGCACCGGUCCGCGGUGCCAAUCCUACGCCAAGGAUCUGUUCCUGGGGAAAAUCCAGAAGAAAGAAGUUUUUCCAUAUCCAGAAGUCACCCUAGAUGAAUUAAAUGAUAUGAAGCAGUUUGUGGUACCUGUAGAAAAAUUCUUCAAUGAAGAAGUGGACUCACGAAAAAUUGAUAACGAUAGUAAAAUUCCUCAAGAAACCUUGGAUAGAUUAAAGCAGCUCGGGCUCUUUGGCAUGCUGAUUCCAGAAGAAUAUGGCGGCCUUGGUUUAUCGCAUAUAAUGUAUGCACGGUUAGGAGAACUCUGUUCUCAGGAUGGCGCCAUUGCAGUCACUUUGGCUGCUCAUCAAGCAAUAGACUAAAGGUAAUGCUCAACUGGCAUCCUUUUGGCCGGCACUGAGGAGCAGAAAGCAAAAUAUUUGCCUAAAUUGGCUACUGGGGAAUAUAUUGCAGCUUUCUGUCUCACAGAGGCAACGAGUGGCAGUGAUGCUGCGUCCAUUCAAACGAGAGCAACGCUGAGCGAAGAUAAAAAGUACUACAUCUUAAAUGGCUCCAAGAUCUGGAUCACAAAUGGUAGCUUGGCUAGCAUCUUCACAGUGUUUGCCAAGACAGAGAUCAUUGACGCCGACGGCUUAAAAAAAGACAAAAUCACAGCAUUCAUUGUUGAAAGAGAUUUUGGUGGCAUCACUAAUGGUAAACCUGAGAACAAAUUAGGCAUCCGUGGCUCAGACACUUGUGAAGUUCAUUUUGAAAAUACAAAAGUGCCUGUUGAAAAUGUCAUGGAGAAGUGGGGAGGCGGAUUCAAGAUAGCAAUGAAUGUCCUGAAUAGUGGACGAUUUAGCAUGGGAAGUUUAGUUGCUGGAAUGAUCAAGAAGUUGAUUGGAAUGACAGCAGAAUACGCCUGUACAAGGAAGCAGUUCAACAGACCUCUAAGUGAAUUUGGAUUAAUUGAGGAAAAGUUUACUCUGUUGGCUAAGAAAACAUACGUGAUGGAGAGUAUGGCCUACCUCACUGCUGGGAUGAUGGACAGCCCAGGUGUUCCUGAUUGCUCUGUGGAGGCAGCCAUGGUGAAGGUGUUCAGCUCUGAAGCAGCCUGGGUUUGUGUGAGCGAAGCUCUACAAAUUGUUGGAGGCCUGGGAUACAUGAAAGAUUACCCCUAUGAGCGCUAUCUCCGGGACUCAAGGAUUCUGCUGAUUUUUGAGGGAACAAACGAGAUCCUCCGCAUGUAUAUUGCCAUGACAGGACUACAGCAUGCAGGCCAAGUCUUAACCAAAAAAAUCAGAGAUAUGAAGAAGGGAAACUUCAAUGUUGCGAUGGAACAUGUAUCAAGCAAACUUCGAGAGAGCCUGAUCAGGAAGGUCGAUCUUGGUUUAACAGGGAAAAAUGGAAUGGUGCAUCCCAGUGUGGAGGAGAGUGCAAAUCGACUAGAAGAAAAUGUGUAUUAUUUUGGGAAAACGGUAGAGGUGCUGCUAAGGCGGUUUGGCAAGACUAUUGUGGAAGAACAGUUGGCCAUGAAGCGAAUGGCAGACAUCCUGAUCAACCUAUACGCCAUGACUGCCGUCCUCUCCAGAUCCAGUCGAUCCGUCCGCAUCGGCCUGCGCAAUCAUGACCAUGAGGUUCUGCUGACAAAUAUUUUCUGCACAGAGGCAUAUUUCCAGAAUCUUUACAACAUGUCUCAAUUAGAAAAAUAUUCUUCUGAAAAUCUAGAUGAACAUAUUAAAAAAGCUGCCCAGCAGAUUCUGGGUAGUAGAUCCUUCCCAUGCGCACAUCCCUUGGAAAGGAUAUACUGAGAAGUGGGGGGACGUGUUUCUAGAAUCCAUUUGUGAUUAUGAUCGACCAUGUCUUUGAACUACAUCAGCUCAUGACUUUAGAUGGGUCUGAUUUAGAAUGACACUUGCCAUUUUUUCACAGAAUAAAUUAAUAAUUGUGAAAAGGUUUUAUUAAAAAUGUUUAAAGCUCUGUUUAAUUCCUUUUGUCAAGUCUGUAAAGGGACUCCAUCUUGCCUUGAACAUGGUCCUAAAUUUUGCUAAAACGAGUACUGUCCUAGCACCCUCUCUUUCCACAUGAUUUGUGUUCCUUACUGGGCAGAGAAUGAAAGCUGCUAAAGGGAGGAGUUCAACUUGACAAGUUCUUGAAGGGAAACAGUAGGUCUGAUAAUACCCACAUGGUCUGAACUUUGCUCUUAUGAUUGACUUUUCCAGUUCUUAGAGCUAGAGAGGCAACAUGAGCUGUGGUGGGGAGAGCCCUGGGUUAGACCAGGGGUAGAAGAUGGGUGGAAUCCUGCCUCCGGGGCAGCCUGGGCAACCAGCGCACCAUCUUGUCAUGGAUGCCACUGUCUGCUUGACUACUGGUGAAAGAGGAGCUUGGGGUGCCCCUCCCCGGAGUCAGCAAGUCUCUAAGAAAGCAGAUGUUUGGCUUGACGGAAGCCUCUUAUGCUGAGUUUCCUCCCACCCUGACCCUCAGGUUCAUCUUCACAGUGCGACCAGAACCCACACUCCAAACCUGACUGAACACAGCCACACGUCAGGGCAGAAGGGCCCCCUGAGACAAUCUCCUCCCAUAUCCUGGACAAGUAAGAAAAGGCCCAGCGUGGAAGAGCCCACUGCCUUGGGGGAAAUGGGGUGGCCCACUGCCCUUGGGGAUAGCGCCCCCUCCGCUUCUACCAGUCUUCACUGGGCUUGAACUUUGGGCUCUUCUCCAUCCUGGUUUCCCUCUUCUGGACAUUCUGGCUUCCUGAUGUUCUUCCCCAAAUGGGGGUGCCUGGUAAUGAACCAUGCAGCAGACACUCCAGGUGGCCUGGCCAGGGCACUGCACAGCGGGAUGCUUUCCUACUGAAGGCUGUGUGGGGACAGUGCUGGUUUGGGGGUUUGAGGACUUGGGGUCCAACCCCUUCUCUGCAGCCUUGGCCAGCAACUUCCUCUCCCUGGCCUCAUUUCCUCAUCUGCAACACGAGUGGGUUGACCUGCGUGGCCCCCCAAGGGCCCUUCCAGCUCUUGCUCUAUGAUCCCAAGGCCCUCUCAGUUUCUUGGCUGCCAUAUUACAUUAUUAACUCCUUGGCACAUAUGCCCAAUACCGGGAUUGCUUGGUCAUGGUAUAUAUAAGCAGUUCAUUCCAUUUUCUCUUUUCAAUUCCAGACUUUUCCAGAACAAUUGAACCGAUUUACCAACAAGGUGUUUCACAGAGCAAACUCAUUGGUUUUUCCAAUGAAACAAAGGGGGAAUGUGGUAAAAAUUAUUGUGGUAAAGAUUAACAUCGAAAAUUUUAGCUGAAUCAUUUGGGAGGGGCCCCACCUGGCUCACCCUGACACUGCGGAUGCUACUAAGUUGCUUUUGAAGGACCUCCCCUUUUGGGGAGUAAAAAAAUGCCAGACCUCCCCUUUUGUGGGAGGAAAAACUCCACCGGAAGGCAAGGCAACUUCUGGUGGGCGGGGCAUUCAAAAGGUCAAGCUCUUUUGGUCUAGAGGGCAGUCUCUGGCAGUGCUUGGCUAGUGGUGGCAGUUCGGAAGCAUGGGCUUCGUGCUGGGUCUUGGGUAUGCUGGUUCUCCACCUGGCGGCAGUUUGGGAUUUGGUGAGUUUUAUAAAGGAAAAUCCUAAAUUCCUUUGAACUACCUUGAUCUCUGGUAUUGCAUAGACUAAUCUUAGAGCUGAGACUAUUCGUCUGUAUUUCUACUUCCUUAUUUCCCUAAUUGGUUUCACCUUUGUGGUCUAAUUAAUUCCCAAGCAAUAAAACCUGA